AUGGCCCAGUGUCAUCGAGACGGCCAUCCUGGCGGUGGCCCUGGCUAUGGUCCUCCCUGUGGGCCCCCAGAUAACUACCCGGUGUGCGAGGAAGUCUGGAAGUACAUCGCAAAGGAGCUCAAACACUACUUCAUCGACGAUCAUGGCGAGUGCACCCAGCUGGCUGCUCAGGCUGUUCGGCUGCCCCUCCACGACUGCUUCCCUGAUGGCGGCUGCGACGGGUCCAUCAUCCUCACCGACGAGUGUUCCCGCCCGGAGAACUGGCAAAUGCUUUCCAUCUGUGGUGUUCUAUACAAAAUGUACAAGGACUAUCGUGUCGGUGCCGCUGACCUAAUCAAUUUUGCUGGCUCUAUCGCCAACAAGGCCUGCCCCUGGGGGCCCUUCAUCCCAUUCUAUGUCGGACGACAUGACAACCCAACUCCAGCUCCUGAGUACCAAAUGCCAGGCGCCUACUCCAAUGCCUCGACCUUGAUUGCAGAGUUUGCCGCCAGGGGUUUCUCGGUCACAGACCUUGUUGCGCUGGUGGGUGCGCAUAGUGUUGGCGGCGAUUUGUGGCGGAAGCCAUUCGAUACCACGCCUGGCGUCAUGGAUAGUCCAACGUACUAUACCGAGGUGCUGGUCGGCAAUGCGCCUUCCAUCCUGUACAGUGACAAGUCUCUGGCCCUGGAUCCUGCUUCGACCGACGAUUGGCAAUUGUAUGCUCGUGAUCAGUAG